UAGGUUUUGAAACAGCAUUCACCAGCCUGCGUGCAUCCAUCGUUUAUCCAUCACAUAAAUUCCUCUAGUUGAAGUCCCGGUGUAGACGUAUUAAUAUCAUGUCCGGGCUUAGUCGAGAUAAGAUGUUUAUUAUGACAUUCAUAACUGUCGCUGUAUCCGUGUACAGUGUCAACGGGCAAGAUUGCUCGGUGCCUAAUUUCCCGCCAAACCUGCUGACGCCCUCUGGCGAUUGCUUGCCUGGCAGUUCCAUUAGCCUCGGUAGCAAUUGUAGCUAUGUUUGUGACGUAGGAUUUAAUCUAGUUGGAAACGACACAGUCCAAUGCACCCCUUCAACCCCUGUUCUGGACCUACCUACAUGCCAGGCGCUCCCCACACCGUCACCGUCAACAGCUCCAGCUAAUACAUCACUGUCAAUGUCCAAUCAAGCCCCUCCAGCGACACCAUCGGUAACUGUAACUAUUGCACUGACAUCUUCACCAACUGUAACUGUCACAUCAGUGUCAAUGGUAAUUACUACAUCUUCAUUGACAUCACCGGCAACUUCAUCUACAACACUGGAGUCUUCAUCAACUGUAAUUUCUACAUCCAUGACACCAUUAACUCCAACCACCGCUUUAACGUCAUCGGCAACCUCAUCUACAAUGGAACCGCCAUCGACUCUCACUUCAAUAUCGGUGUCUUCGUCAAUGCCAACUUCUUUAUUGACGACAUCGGCAACCCCUCCUACACUGGAGCCAUCAUCAACUAUAGUUACUACAUCGGGGUCGAGGUCAACUCUGAUUGCUUCACUGACGUCAUCGGCAACGCCUCCUACUACACUGGAGCCAUCAUCAACUGUAGUUACUACAUCGGAGUCGAGUUCAACUCUAAUUACUUCACUGAUGUCAUCGGCAAAUUCAUCUUUUACGACGAUAUCAGCUUCAAUAGCAACCACAGCAACAGUACCAUCAGUAAAAACAUCUUCCUCACUAAUGUCAUCUUCAACUUUGGUGUCAUCGGCUACUUCAUCAUUUACAAUGGCAUCGCCUUCAACACCAGCUACUACAUCGGUAUCAUCAGCAACUACUCCACCCACAACGAUAUCGUCUUCAACACCAUACACUUCUUUCGUGUCAUCAGCAGCUGCAACAUCUUCUACAACAGUGUCAUCGUCAACACCAACCACUACAUUGGUGUCAUCAGCAACUACACAUUCUACAAUAGUACCAUUUUCAACUUCAACAACUACAUCGAUGUCGCCAGCAACUACAUCAUCAAUUGAUAUGGCAGAAACGUCGACAACUUCAAGUACAACAACUGAUAUGGUAACGAUUACCGAUAUCACACCGGAUCCUACUACAGAAUUUGGGAGUGGAACGGGAACCUCGAUGACAUUUGAGAGAACGACUGAAUUCUCGACAACCCCUCUUGUUACUUCUACGGACCCCUCAGCCACUGCGUCUACCACCAGAGGGAUUACCUGUCUGAUACCGUCAGUCCCACCCGAUCUAAUGACCCCUGACCUCCGCUGUUUGAGUGACGUCACAUUCGGUACAACCUGCAUGUAUAUGUGCGAUGAAGGAUUUUAUCUCUCCGGUGAAUCGCAGGUGACUUGUUUGAUGAACGGUAGCCUCUCUGCUCCUCUUCCCACGUGCGAAGCUGUGGUUUGUCAGCUCCCAGAUACCUUCCCAUCGUUAUUAUCAUCCUCAUCUAUUGGCUGCAUUGAAGGUGGUACAAUCGGCUAUGCUGCCUUUUGCCGAAUGGAGUGCUCUAUGGGGUUUAGAUUAAUAGGCGAUCAAUCUAUAUCGUGCCAGGGGAACGGAACCCUGUCAGGACAAUUACCCCAAUGCGAUGCUGUAGAUACGUACGUCGUCUCUGCAACCUUUCCAAAUAAGACUUUUGCCAGCAGCCUCCGGGAUUCCACGUCUUUUGCUUUCGCUGAACUCGCUCAAGAAUUGGUUAACUAUAUUCAACCAAAGCUGCAGAAUAAUUUUUCGGAGCCAGUUUUAGUAACAGUCAACGGCUUCUCCGCUGGAAGCGUCAUUGCAGAUUUCUCCGUAAUAAUAGAUGUUGAAAACAGGAGUUCCUUUCAGAAUUUGGAAAACUUAGCGUCAAUCCAAUCCACAAUGGUAACGAUAGCUCAGCAAGACCCAACAUAUAUGGACCCGGGCUCCAUUGCGACAUUCAGUACAGUGACAUGCCCCCAGGGAAUCCUGAUAACACCUUAUGGAUCCACAGCAAUGUUUAACAGUGCCACCGUCAACGUCAGAGCAAACUCAACCAACGCAACAUGCCCGUACUACACUGAGAGAGAUGGAGAGCCUAUAGAAGCUGUAUGUGUAGGAGACUAUAUCCGUCCAAGUAACUGGGUUAUACCAGCGAUGAAUUGUGGAAGGAACUUGACUUCUGAGGAAAUCUUGGAGAUCUUAAGCAACAUGGCGGUUACAGCAGAAAACGCAGCGGUUGUCGCUGAAGAAGUUGCGGAUUUUACCGAAAUGAAUGAGAACAUUUCCACGAACGGCCUUGGGAUAAUCGCCACACUGCUCGAGGAUAUAAAUUCAGUCAAUUCCACAGAGCCAGAGGUAGCUGAAUCUAUUGUAGAGAUAGCAGAUAGCAUCUUAUCUUUACCUGAUGAUACACUUGGGUCGGCAGAGGAGGAGAACAAUUCACCAAGUCGUAUAGUCCUGGCCCUCGAAGCACAGCUAGCCAUCGUAGAAGUGGAAAAUGGCAGCAGUCGUUUUGUAGAAUCUAACGUUGCCGCUGAGGUACUUGAUGUCGGUCCCUCUGAUAUUAGUCAGGGUUACACAGUCAUCAUGUCUGUUACCGACGACGGAGAGAGCAUCUCUGAUCGUGACUUCAGAGUAAGAGGGGGAGACCUGACACAAGGCACAGAAGCCACCCAAUCAGAGGCGACACUCUUUAUCCCAUCAGGUUUAGCGGAUAGCCUCCUUGGACGUAGAGGGCGUCUCGUGUUCACGACGUAUCUCAUGGCAGGUCUGUUCCAAGACGUGGGGCUUGCGCAGAUCAAUGAGGGCGAAGAAUCAUUCAAUCGGACACCCAACUCUAGGAUCAUGUCGGCGUCUGUCAACAACAUGAAAGUAGAGGACCUGGACGAGCCGGUCAGGAUUUCCUUUGUGCCUCUGAAUCCAAAUGGAACCAAUGCUCAAUGUGUAUUUUGGGACUUUAAUGAAAAUGCCUGGUCUGGUCGUGGAUGUAUCCAAGUAAGCAAUGACACCAAUGGAAGGAUCGAAUGCGAGUGCAAUCAUCUGACCAAUUUUGGAAUUCUCAUGGAUAUCUAUGGAGGCGAAGGGCUCUCAGACGAAGCCGAUUUUAUCCUGAAGAUCAUCAGCUAUAUUGGCUGUCUAAUUUCAAUAUGGGGUCUCCUUCUUACAAUCUUAACAUAUGCCACAAACAAAAAGCUUCGAGAUCGAAAACCAAAUCAAAUCCUACUGUCGCUGUCAAGUGCUCUACUAGGCCUUUAUGUCAUCUUUCUAGUCAUGAUAUCACUAGACCAGACGAGAAAUGUGAGCGAGAUCUCCAUUCUCCCUUGCUCAAUCUUGGCUGCAAUUCUUCAGUACUUCAUCCUGGCAUCUAUCUUCUGGAUGGGAGUCGAAGGUUUCAACAUGUACAACCUCUUCGUGUUGGUCCUAAAUGCAUACAUGCCUGAUUUUCUGAAGAAAGCUUCAUUGGUCGCAUGGGGUUGCCCUCUGUUGAUCGUAGGAAUCACAGCCGGUGCGUCCAGACAGUACUACUCACAUACAGAUUUCUGUUUCCCGCAAUUCUGGCCACUGAUCGGGGGUCUCCUAAUACCCAUCGGUGUCGUAAUGAUCUUCAACGUUGUCAUUUAUGUGCGUGUCCUCAUGCGACUGAACAAAACUGUCAAAGGAAAACACCUUGAUAAAACAGAGAAGCGCCAGAGAAUACGACGUUUUCAGAAUGCAGUAUGUAUCUUGACUCUGAUGGGUCUCACGUGGUCUAUUGGCUACCUAAGCGUUAUACGACCAGCCAGUGCGGUGGUGCAGGGCAUCUUCACAGUGCUCAACUCUCUGCAGGGGUACUUCAUUUUCAUGCUCUACUGCAUCAGGCAACCGAAGGUCCGCAGAAUAUGGCGUUCCCAGUUCAAAUGCUGUUUGCCGAAAUCUUUCACGACGCCCUCUACGAUCAAUUCUGGUUCAGGGCAAACAAAUUCCAGCUCGGCGAGACCCAGGACGCAGGACGUCCGCAGAACCGCCGCUGGACUUGCUUCCAGCUCGGAAUCCAGCGGGUUUAGAGCAGAUACCGUCUUGCUACCUAUGUCGGAUCGACUUCAGACAACGUCUCAUGAUAAUGCCGUGGCUGCGGAUUGGUGAUAAUUAUUUGACUUCUAAUCGAAAAUAUCUUAAACUCUUUUAAAAUCAUUUGGUUUUGUUUAAUCAUAUUGCUUUACAGCGCGGAACCAUUGCUUAUAUUACAUUGGAGAAAUGAAUGCACAGCAUUGCGGCUUGUACAUAUACCAUUUACAAAAAUACUACCGUUAUUUUUUAUUUAUAUGAGAUUACUUCAUAGUGGACAGUCUUUUUUCCAUUCACAUGGCUUCUUUAAGCACGAUUCUAUAACUUUUUCUAUUAGAUUUAGUUUAACGUAUCAUUAUGAUUAUUAUUGCAGUAUGUACAAUAACCUUUUUUAAUCACUUUGUACUUAAAUAUUUCGUUGUUGGAUACGAUACAAAAUCCUUGAAUAUUGAGGGAUAUAAGUUAUAAUAUUUAAUAUUAUAUUAUAAAUUAAAUAAAGUUUAUUCAUAAAUCAUUUGAUGAUGAAUCAUCUCUAAAUCCGCACCAACGCAAAUUAUAGAUCCGUCCAUAGGAAAGCGCCAGCUAUUGAUAAAAGUGUGAGGCAAUAUCGUACGAGCAUGCCUACCCAUGCUAACGCGGCGGUAAGAUACAGAGUCUAUCCAAAAUACUUUAUCAUAAAUUUUCAUAAAGUCGAAGAACUAUGAAGAAAAUUGUUUUACGUCAUUCAUGCCCUCUGCAACCUGGUUACCAAGCUAAGGUUAUCAGGGUUUCCUCCUGAAUGCAGCUAUUAAUUUAGAUGGUCAUUUGUAUUAUUUGAGUAAUUCAAUAAGUAUUGAAUUGGUAUAUUAUUAUGAUGAUUUUGACAUUGUAAAAAUCCUGUAUUUUCUUUUGCGUAAUUUUGUGAAAGAAAUGUAAAUGAAAUGUAACAAAGACUGCAAUUUUAGCGGGACAUUUUUUUUAGAUUCGAAAAUUAUAAAAGUAUCAACCCUUGAAUUAUCUUAAAGAGACGAGGAUCGUCACCACUAUUGUAAAUUACACGACGUCAAAUAAUUCAAAGAAUAAUAUCUAAAGACUUUCGAUGAUUGAAAAUUCUAAUGAGUUUAAGAAAAACAAAGCUGGUACGCAGUGAAA